AAAAGAAUCCCUUCGCCCUUCAAAUUAAUUCAUUCCGCAUCACAUUUUUUCCUCCGUUUUCCAUUUUCUUUUUACAAAGCGUUCCCGAAAUCCAAAAACCCCCAACUUUCCCACUCCUUUUUCCUGUCAAAAUCUUUUCAGUUAACUGCAAACAAUGUGUGGAGGUGCUAUAAUCUCCGGCUUCAUUCCGACGGCUCGCUCCCGGCGAGUCGCCGGCGAUCACCUUUGGGCCAAUCUCAAGAACCCUGGCUCUGGCAAUGGAAAUUACUUGUCCAAGCCGGUGAAGUCUGACAUCAUUGACGUUGAUGAUGAUUUCGAGAUCGAUUUCCAGCAUUUCAAGGACGAUUCCGAUUUGGAAUUUGAUGAGGAUGAGCUUGUUGAUGUCAAGCCCUUUGCCUUCUCUGCUGCUGGAAACCUUGCCGUGUCUUCUGUUCGUGCUUCAAAAUCUGUAGAAUUCUCCGGACAAGCUGAAAAAUCUGCAAAGAGAAAGCGAAAGAAUCAGUAUAGGGGAAUCCGACAGCGACCAUGGGGUAAAUGGGCAGCAGAAAUUCGUGAUCCACGGAAAGGAGUCCGUGUGUGGCUUGGCACUUUCAAUACUGCUGAAGAAGCUGCCCGAGCAUACGAUGCUGAAGCACGGCGAAUUCGUGGGAAGAAAGCUAAGGUUAAUUUCCCCAAUGAAACUCCACGAACUAGUGGAAAGCCUUCAGCAAAGACAAACCUUCAGGAACCACUUGCCAAGCCUAGCUUCGCUAGGAUCCAACCAGAUCUAAUCCAGAACAAUGAGUUUGCAAAUAACUCUAAUGAUGAAUACUAUAGUACCAUGGGUUUCCUGGAGGAAAAACCGCUUACAAAUCAAUUUGUGAACAUGAACUCAUUCCCUGCCAAUGGAGAUGGUGCAAUAAAAACCAGCCCACCUUCCUCUGAUGUUGCACCCAUGUAUUUUAACUCAGAUCAAGGGAGCAACUCCUUUGAUUACUCUGACUUUGGAUGGGGAGAGCAGGGUGUAAAAACUCCCGAAAUUUCGUCUUUUCUUUCAUCUGCCAUGGAAAGUGACGAUUCUCAGUUUGUGGAGGAUGCUUCUCCGAAGAAGAAAGUCAAGUAUAGCUUGGAGAAUAUGGAAACUCCUCAAGGCUCUGAAAAGACUCUAUCUGAUGAGUUGUCAUCUUUUGAGUCUGAGAUGAAAUUUUUUCAGAUGCCAUAUCUUGAUGGGAACUGGGACGCAUCAAUGGAUGCAUUUCUUGUCGGAGAGACGCCAACUCAGGAUGGCGGAAACUCGGUGGACCUUUGGAGCUUUGAUGACCUUAAUGGAAUGGUCGGCAGUGUCUUCUAAGCAAAUCUUGUGAAGCUUGCUAGGUUAUGUAAAUAAAAGCUACAUAUUAGAACAUUUGUCAUCUGUUAUGGAAAUGGACGUGAGAGAGAUCUGCCUGCAUAAGCAAUGGCCUAACAAACAUAGCCUAUUGGUGUUUGUGUUGAAUGUGAGGACACGACACAAACGUACUUCUCGGUAGGGGCUCAAUUUCAUGUGUCGAGACCAUAAUAUGGGAAACUCAAAACUAAUAUAUAUGCUUGUACUGAAAAAAAAAAUGUGUGGUUGGUUGGUUUGCUAUGGAUAUCGAAAACUUGAUGAAUCUCAGUUCUGCGUUUUGUGUUUCUAUGCU